CAGUAGGAGGAAGAAGAGAUUUUUUCCCCAACGGAACAAUGUUCGCGUGGCGGGAAGUAAGUUGAAUAGAAAGAAAGAAGACCUGCGGGUUUAAAUCGGUGAGUGUUAGAAAUAUAGUCUCAUCUGUGAUUGUAUUAGAGAGAUGAAGGGAUAAUUAAGAAUGAAGAAUGAGAAUUAGAAUAGAAACAGCCAAGAAUAAGCCAAAUGGUUGUGAGUGGACAGGGUCGGGCUAUAAGGGGAGUUGUGGAGGCCCGCGGCGGAGAAAGAAUCUCCGCCAAACAAUCAGAAUAGAAUUUACGUUGUAUCAGAAUCUAAAAUGAGUAUAAAUUUGGAAAUCACUUCAUCUCUCACUCUGUAGUAUUAUGUUGUAUAUUUUCAGAUAUAUAUCUUGUCGUUAUGUCUCGUUAGAACUCAGGCAUGGUUGAUACUUUGGUUGUCAACCUUGCAUAUGUAUAGACGUCACGACAAAUUGGAGGAGAUGCUGUGCGAGCAUAUUAUUAGUAAGCGAAGCAUGUACAGUAGAACUUAUACCUUUUCGUUUGGCUCGGGAGGCUCCGAGGUAGAACGGAAAGGUGUUAGAACAGAACGGUGGAGACCAAGAAACUCACAGAACGGUGGAGACCUAGAAACUCACAGAACGGUGGAGACCUAGAAACUCACAGGACGGUGGAGACCUAGAAACUCAUAGGACGGUGGAGACCUAGAAACUCACAGCACGGUGGAGACCUAGAAACUCAUAGGACGGUGGAGACCUAGAAACUCAUAGAAAGACUCAGAAGUUAGAUGUACGUUUCACAGUUAGACAUACAUGAGGUACAGAGUCCAUAGCCUAGGAAUCCUAGUUUGGUCUCACAUUAAUAGAACGUAUAUAUUUUUGUUGUCAUUUAGAAGAACCCUAUGCUAGGAAUCCUAGCUCGGGCUCAUUAAUAUAAUAUACAAAAGAAAACAAUAAAUACAAAAGGAAAAUGUGUGUUUUAUUUAAUUGUGAAUUUAUUUGAUGUAUUUACCAGCUAAUUAUUGUAUUUUGAAAUGAUGCGAUAUACGUAACGAUGUAUAAGUGUAAAGUAAAAUGUCACAGGUGUUGGAGAGUGUGAAGUCGAUAUAAAAAUCGAUAAGAGUUGUAGGCGAAAAAACGCCUCAUGUUCGUUAGGUUGGCAGCAGUGUGAUGGUUUGUUCUUGUUACCAUAAAUUUAUCCUAACAAGAUCUAAGCGUUUCUUAUUGGCCAAUUUAGAAAUUAAGGUUAUGUUAUUGGUUAUUAAGGCCGAUUACCAGAUGACAUAUGGAUUUGUAAAUGGAAACGUACUUGUCAGCUUUGGCGCUCUUUUAAUCUAAGGAUAACUUCAGACGGAUGUUUUGUAUGAAAAUGUUUGGUCUGAAGUCAGGGUAUGAAUGUUCGCAAUCGUGAUAAAAGUAUAGAAAAAGAAAAAAGAAAAAACAUGGCUUGGCUAAGAUUGUUAUUGUUUGCAAGCGUUAUUUAGAUUAGUGGUUAUUGUAUUGUAAGUAAUCUUAUCGUGAAAGCGUAAUAAGUAUAGUUAACCACGGAAGAUACACUGGGCCAUUAUUGUGCUAUAGGCAUAUUUGUGGAUAAUCAAAGGAAGCAAGGAUAUAAACGUAAGUUUUCUCUAAGUUUCUUAUAAGAAUCCAGUACCACGCUAGUUUGGCAAACGUUAUACAAAUGAAACAAGAAUUACAAUAGGCGUAGGAUUGUAAGGUAUUAUUUACUUUCAGUACGUUCAAAAUGGAUGACGCCAUGCUAGUUCGUCUGGAGCUCAUCCAUGAGCGGCUAGCCAACUUGUUGAAGCAAAGCGCCGCCAUGGAAACUGUCACUGAAGAUGAUCUCAAUAAGCAGAUCCAAAAGGUUGAGGAGUGCAAUUCCAAACUGACGGAUGAAAUUCAUUUUUAUUUGGAGAAAAGUAGUCGAACAUCAAGCGAAAGUUUGAAAAUGUUCACCCAGACGCAGUUUCAAGCAGAAGAAUGGAAAGUAGAGAUGAAAGGUCUUAUAAAAGGUCACUCUUCGGUCACAAAGAGCACAGCCAAACUGCCGAAACUCACGUUACCAACUUUUAAAGGAGAUACUCUUAGGUGGGCCGAAUUUUGGGAUAGAUAUAAGAGUAAUGUACAUGACAAGGACUUACCAGAUUCUGAAAAGAUGGCAUAUCUUCUCGGCUGCCUGGAAGGGGAGGCUCUUCAGACAGUGGAGGGCCUCGGUAUAACAGCAAAGAAUUAUGACGUAACAUUAGGAAUUCUAAAAGAAAGAUUUGGGAACCAGCAAAAGGUAAUUGAUGCGCACUACGAUGCCAUCAACAACCUUCAAAGAGCAGCGUAUAAUGCCACAGACUGUAGAACGAAUUUCAACAUAGUAGAGAGGCAUUUGAGAAUUCUCCAAAGCUUAGGGGAAGUCAUAAAUGGUAACCAUUUAAGAUCGGCUAUAUUGUCCAAAUUCCCAGAGAAGGUAGUUUAUGAGUUGCACCUAUUAACAUUGACAGACAACAUAGAUAACAUACGAAGCGGUCUCCAAAAAAUAAUUACAGCAAUGGAGAUUGCGAAAGAAAGCGUUCCAAGUAGUAGUGAAAAAAUCUCCACAGCUGCACUACAUAUUUCUGCCUACCAGCGGAAAGGGAGGCCGGAUAGCAGGAGGAUAUCACACAAAAAAGGAACCCUUAAAAGAAAACUACCUGACACGGAAAAGACGUCGAAAAAUAAGAAAGCUAAGAUGGCUUGCAUUUUUUGCCAAGGCGAGCACUACAAUGCAUCCUGCACAGUGGUUAAGGAUAUAAAUGAUAGGAAAAAGAAGCUCGGCAAAAGAUGUUACACUUGCUUCAAGGAAGGGCAUAGAGCAACAACAUGCCACAAUAGGAAGCCGUGCUACUUCUGCAAAGGAAGUCAUAAUCAAGCUUUAUGUCCACAAAAGCCAGACGGCAAUAGUGGAGGUGGGGCAGAAGAACUCAAAAAAGACUAAGACACGAAGACUGAUUCUUGACAAUGGC